AUCCGUCUUCUAACCCUUCAACCGGGCUUAUUCAACGAUCCUAUUCACUGCCAGCUUGAACAAGUUUCCUUUAGCACUGGACAUGCCUACGAAGCCUUGUUAUACGUCUGGGGAAACGCCAGGGAUACUGCGCCUAUGAUUCUUGAUAGGAUGCCAUACCACAUCACGAAAAACCUGGAACGCGUAUUGCGGUAUUCGCGUUGCAAGGAAUCUCCGAGAGUUCUCUGGGUCGAUGCCAUCUGCUCAUAA